AUGAUUUUACAUUUGGGUUUAAUUUUAGUAUUUGGUUGGUCAAUUCUCUACUUUUUUGUCAUGUUCAUUACAUGCUCAUUGGAUAGAAAGUCACUUAUUGAAAAUGCCAUGACUUGUAUUUAUGGCAUUUUCAUGAUUUCAUCCCCAAUUGCUUUCUAUGUACUAUUAGGAUUGGGUUUUAGUAGUGGUUACAUAGCAAUACCAUGUUGCGUAUUCUUUUUAACUCUACUUUUAUAUGGAAUGAAUUAUCUCAAUUAUUUGGAAGAUUUUUUCACUAUGAACGAGGAUAAACUGCCAUUCUCUUAA